AUGGACGCAGCAGCAACAGCACCUUCGCAAUUCAUGGACGAGAGCCCAGCUCUGAAGACCUGGGAACUCCCACGCGCUUUCAAAUUGGAGGAGGACGCCAUGGUUUUUACGCGUUCGCAAUUCGACGCCGCGGUUGCCGCUGGAAGAGGAUUCGACGAAGUUUGGACGACGACAGAACAAGCAGGCGACUCCGAAGAUGACAGAAGUAAGUACCUGCUACCGAAGGGCGACAGCGUUUUCAUUUUGUCCGAUAAUUCGAGCGGACCGGCCCAGUAUCUGGACCGUCAAAAGACCCGGCUCGACGACGCCUUGCGCUUAAAGGCUCAGGAACUCGGGCCAGAGUUGAAAAAUCCGUCCUCCGGCGAGAAGUACUGCGAGGCGCUGCAGCGAUUUGUGGUUGAGGUUGGGGACAAGCUGACGAAUGAGACAGGCAGAUGGAAAACAGCACUGCAGGCGCAAUGUCAGAGAUCAUUCGAUAUCGUACACAAGCAAUUUAACCGGGCGCGGACGGGACAACGUGGCGCAUUUACUCACAGACUCAAUGCAGCGGCAAGUGCCUUGGAGUUUUUUGAUUUUGCUCCGAUCGCGAUUAAAAUUAUCCACGGAUUCUCAGACGAAGUGAUCGCAGAAGUUCGGAAUGCUACAGCUCUUCCCCGAGUUUUCCUCAAUUCAAGAGAGGAAGCAUCUGUGUCUUGCGUAAUAUACACUUUUUGGGACGAUUGCAAAUGGCUGCAGGAAUUCGCGUCCAAGACAUGCAAGGAGCUAUCAAAAGAGGAGAUUCCGCCCUGGGUCCUGCCCUUUACGCGCGCAUAUCACUACUAUGGUGCUGAAAAGUUGCACCUUCAUGUGGACCGUUUACAAAACACGCUCCGGAAACUCUUUAAGAAGCGCCAGCAACGGAGGCUCGUUCGGAAACUGGACAAACCCUGUGACGUCCAAUGGUUCUGUGAGGAAGCUACGGACCUCGGGGAUUUGGACGAUCACAACUUCCUGGAGUUCCUGAAACUGAUAACGAAGAGGCGUGAGGAACAAGGCGUGCCUCUUCCAUUUACCGCGGAUGAUGCCAUCGAGUUUAGGCUUGUCUUUCAGGAAAUCGAAGGUAUUUGGGACGACUCUUCGGAAGAAGGCGACAAGGUAGAUGAAGUACCAGCAGGCGAAAUUGAAUUUUCGGACGAGGAGGAAAGAAAUUCUGAAGAAGUCUCUAGUAGCGAGGAGGUUUCCGACGGCGAAGUCUCUAGUAGCGAGGAGGUCUCCGAUGAGGAGGACGACCCUUAGAUUCGUUCGUGGUGAUUCCCCGAACCCCAUAGGACGUGAGCGAAGUAAGUGCGCAAAACCAUGCAUAUGGAUCUGAGUCAAAUACUAAUUCCUUCUACUCUUUUUGGAGUAUGCAAAAC